UCAGACACGGAAUCUGUACCGGUUUAGACAUUUUAUGGUCUCACUCAUACACAGUGGCGUUAUCUCGUCCACUCGACCGGUUGGCUAACACUGUUAGCAACUAGCGCUCUGUGCCUGGGACCCAAGUGAAAGACGUCGUCAUCAAGGCCGAUGCUCCAAAUGCUCUACUCUUGGACAAACAUGCAGAUUAUAUCGCCGCAUAUGGUUCAAAAAAAGAUGACUAUGAAUACACGCUGUCGGAGUACCUAAGAAUGAGUGGAAUCUACUGGGGGUUGACUGUAAUGGACCUAAUGAGCCAGCUCCAUCGCAUGAACCGCGCUGAGAUCACCGAGUUCAUCAAAUCUUGCCAGCAUGAGUGUGGAGGCUUCAGCGCCAGCAUUGGGCAUGACCCCCACCUGCUGUACACUCUUAGUGCUGUGCAGAUUCUUUCGCUGUAUGACGAUGUCAGUGCCAUCGACGUGGAGAAGGUGGUGGGGUAUGUAAAAGGUUUACAACAGGAAGACGGUUCAUUUGCUGGAGACAAAUGGGGGGAAAUAGACACACGGUUCUCUUUUUGUGCAGUAGCAACUCUUGCACUACUGGGCAAGUUGGAUGCAGUCAAUGUGGAGAAGGCAGUAGAAUUUGUUCUUUCCUGCAUGAAUUUUGAUGGUGGCUUUGGUUGCAGACCUGGAUCGGAGUCCCAUGCGGGUCAGAUCUACUGCUGCACAGGCUUCCUGUCCAUCACCGGCCGGCUGCACCAGGUGAACGCCGACCUGCUCGGCUGGUGGCUCUGUGAGCGACAGCUUCCCUCAGGGGGUCUAAAUGGACGCCCGGAGAAGCUACCUGAUGUGUGUUACUCCUGGUGGGUGCUUGCCUCCCUGAAGAUUAUUGGCAGAAUUCACUGGAUUGACAAAGCCAAGCUGAGCUCAUUCAUUCUAGCCUGUCAAGACGAAGAGACCGGUGGCUUUGCUGACAGGCCAGGAGAUAUGGUGGACCCUUUCCAUACCUUGUUCGGUGUGGCAGGGCUGUCCCUCCUGGGGGAUGACGAGGUGAAGGCGGUGAAUCCCGUGUUCUGCAUGCCUGAGCAGGUGAUUCAGAGGAUCGGCCUCAACCCAGAGCUGCUGAGCUAACACCACCCUCAGCACCACUGCAGCACACCCCCUGCACCACCGUCACACACACUCCACCCACCUCCCGCACCACCCAGCCCUCCGGCUGGCUCACAGCGCUAAGGGGACAUUGGGCACUGGCCAGAGAUGGGUCAGUCUGAGGAGGACCUUUGACGCUUCUGUUGCCCCAUGAUGAAAAUGACAAGACGUCCUCACCCUUGAACGAGACAGACUGUAAGACUGUUAUUAGGCUCCAGAGUGUGCUUCGGUACUCACUAUUCACUGGUCUUUUGGCAAUGAUAACAGAGCACAUUUGUUUGAGUCAUAACUUGUCAGUGAAUGCAUCCCAGGGUUCGAGCAGAGUGAUUGCACCAUAUCAUAACAUCUUAACACGUGGAUGUGUGAAGCCUCUGACAUUGCACUCAAUCCUGUCAUCUUGGUCACAUGGAAAUAAUGCUUAGAAAAUCACUGUGGUUAUUUUUAAAUCACUUCAUCAGCAUAGGAUUACUGAGCAAAAUGUAUUUUACGAGUCGGUAAUUAUUAGUUGGUACUUCAGUAAACAAAUUAUGCAAAAUGGUCAGUUAGGGGUGUAUCCAUUGUUUGUCAUAUAGAAUAAACUUAAUUUAACUCUUAAGAGAUUUGGUUUCAAAAUGCCUUGUAGCAUAUAUCCUGACAGUAAACAUGAAAGAGGCUUUGCAUUUAUACUACUUACUUUACAGGUAUUGUUCCUUGCUAAUAUUGUAUGAAGACAAAUAUACAUCUUUACAAAUUACUUUCCAUGAUUAUGUUUUCUCCAUCAACCUGGAGAAAAAAAAAUAUUUUAUGCAUUCUUCAUCUUAAAGUACGGAUUAUUUU